AAUUUCAUAUGCUCUGACGACACCAUCCAUAAACAUCAACAUCGUUGAAAAUAAACACGUGUUUUAGAUUUACAACUCCUUAAAAUUUGAAUACCAUUAAAACUUCCCAAGACAUUUAUAACAGUACUUGUUCGAGAAUGAUGACAAAUUUUUAAAAAAACAGUAGUGACUAAAUUUUUUCAGUUCGCGAAGAUCAUUCUGAUGAAAUUUUGGGACGUUGACAAUGUUGUCAAAGUGGAUUUUUUGCACCCUUCUAAUGGUUGAUCUGAAUCUUGCUUUCAAUGUCGAUUCUAUUAAACAAUGGAACGAAAGUCAACUUGUUUGUGGCUAUCCAGUGAAAAUUUUGAAACAAGACCAAUGGGAAGAAAUCUUGGAAGACCAAAUCAGAAUAGAAACGAAUAACAAAACAAUUGUGGUCGAUAAAAACCACAAACAAGGACAAAAGGUCAUCGUCAGCUAUGAAGACUUCUUGUGUUGCCUCAAAAAUGUAUGGAUAAGCGUUAAAAACAACAUGCAGAAACAGAAGUGCCUGAAAUUUUUCUUGAAAUGUGUCAGGUCAACCAAACAACAGCCUUGCACAAUUGGUUGGACUUACUACGUCAACUUAGCAGUGCACGACUUAAGAGUGGCAACAUUGUUGGUGGUAACUAGUGCAGUUUUUUUCGUAACCUCUGUCAUUUUGGUGGAAAAAUGCAAGGAAAGUGGCUAUGAUUCUUUUGUCGAGAGUAGUUCUUGAUGACUGUUUAUCGAAAUUGUUUCAUUGUUUCAUUCUAAAUUUUGUCUGUUUAAAUAUGUGUUGACAUUGUUUUUAUAUUUUUAUUUAUUUAUUUUUGUUAUCUACUAAUAAUUACGAGAUGUUAUAACUGAAGGAGACAACUUGAGGGCAAUAAAUGACUGAUUGAUUG